AUGACGCUCCGCGAAUUCCUGUGGCCCAAAAAAGACAACUACGCCCAGCGAGUUGGAGCUGGUGCACCUGUCUACCUCGCCGCCGUUCUGGAAUACCUGGCUGCUGAAAUCCUUGAAUUGGCCGGAAACGCUGCUUGGGAUAACAAGAAAUCUCGAAUCAUCCCCCUGCUUGCUCAGGAUAAAUCGCUCCCCUGUGCCGUCGGCUUCUCCCAGAAAUCGGCGGCAGAUAUUCGCUCCCAAAAUAAGGGUGUCGGGGUCGAUAACGUCCAUUGGCUUGGCAACGAUCUUUGGCUCAUCGACGAGAUUUAA